ACAACCGUUUGCAACGCAACGCCUGUGUACAAAACGUUGCUUUCGUACACUACAUGCGGACCAGACUCCUAUGCGGAUUCCUACGCGGACACCUGCGCGGAUCCCAAAACGCACGGCGACAGUGCCCGGAGCGCACUUGGGGGGGAGCGGGGAGCGGGGGCCAUGACGCCCGUCAUGCCCCAAGCAAUAAAGAAACGGGCUCCUGAGAUAGUUAUCGCGAAGGUCAAGUCGCCAGCUGCACAGAAACCUGCGCGGGGGCCCCUCGGGAAUCCAACGCCCCGCGCUUUCCCGGCGAGUCCGGGUCAACCUUGGGCUACCGACGUCAAUGUCAAAAUUGCGUGCGUCGAGGUCGGCAGUUGCGAUGCGUCUGUCUGGUCGCACAUCGCGUGGAACAGGGCGCGACGGGGGAAUGCCCACAAGGAAGAAGAAUGCGUCUGAUUGAUCACGUCAUCGUCGCUCCCGGGGAACGAGGAAGGCAACGCCGUCAGAACUGUGCGAGAGGAUGUCUGAGAAGACCUUGUGCGGUUGCGGCUAGGUAGCGACCGCCGCCUCGAGCAUGGCCUGGCCCACGCGACACUCUUGAAUCAGAAGAGCUGCUUCUUCCUGUCGAGCUUGGCUUUGCGCGGGAAAGGUCUAUGGCAGAGGGGGCCCCUUGCGUUCCAGCUGACGAUUGCGACGCACUUGCCCGGCGCCGCUGCCCACGACGGCCGCCUUCUGUUCAUCGACCACGUGGGUGCGUUAACGUUCGCGAGUGCUUUGCCGAACGCCUUCACCACAAGGAUCCUGUCCAUUUCCGCUUGAACUCUCGCAAGUACUGCUCCGCCCCAACGAAGAUGAUACGGUUCUGCCGCCCCUUGAACUUCAAGCACCGGGAGCCGGGGCGGUGCCAAUGGUAAUGGUAUCUCUGGAUAUUUGAACUUGAAUGGCGCGGAGCUCGAUUCGUUUUGGCCCAGGGCUCUUGUCUGCACUGACGAAGAUGGACGCAUGUGUUUUAAAAAUGUCCACGGCCUUGAGUGUACAGGAGCCAACCAAACAAAAAACGAAGUGCCCUUGAAACCGAGGACGGGCCUCUUGAGAUUUGGAGGCAAAUACAGCCUGCGCUGGGGCAUGUUGCCGAGGGGCUGGAUGGGCUCAGCAAGAUCACCUGCUGAAAAACUCUACGCGUCAAAAGCAGCCCGUACCUCUCGUGGUGCAAUCACCUCAUGGGGCUCCAAUGCUGACCAUUGUAAGCACUGGUGACCAGUCCGUUUUCGCCAUGCGCUGAAUAUCGAAAAGUGAUGCUGAUUCUGCGAUUGAUAUGGUCGCUUCCGUUAACGCAAUGUGGGCACGCAUAUUUUGUUGAGCAGCUUUUACUGUAUGGCUUCGUUUUCGGAGGUCGUGAAUACUGCGGUCAUGCUGCUCGAGAUGGUUCGUGAUCUGCCUGCUGUACUGAAGAAACUAUUGGGUCUGUGCGGUGAAGGCCACUUGCUGCUGCCGAGUAAAGUUAUUCGCCGUUUUCGUGAGCUGCGGCGUCGCUGCCGCAAAUUGCUAUGGCCUAAGAGUCGGCAGCCGCCUCUCGAGGCCAACAGGACGGCCAGCAAGACCAGGAGGCUCCGGAGCAGGCCUGCCUUACACACCGGUAGCAAUGCCAACGUGCGUCGAAUGAGCAUCUUGAGGCUGUUGCGAAGGGGAUGUAGCUGCAACUUCCAACUCUUGAGCUGCACGUGGGGGAAACAAGCCACCGCUGACAAUGAAAACGACAUGGGGCCCACCACCUGCACCAACAUGCUCAAAGGGACGACGAGCAGCUCCGUCACGUCAAGGCUCUCUUCUCAAGGGGGCCAGCUCUGCCAGAGGAGGGUCCAGCUGGGCGUCUCGCGCCGCGUUCAAGUCCGAGGAGUUGAAGUGGAUUGCUUCGUUCGUGCGAAUCUGGUCGACGUUCACGGGGUCUAUCACGGCCACGGGCAUCAUAGCGCCUAUCUCGCUGUCGGCCUCUGCGGUUGCAACGGGACGCUGCUCAUCACCACUGCGACUCUUCGAUUAGCUGGAAUCCUCUGCUUUACACUGUCGUCGAUUGUCGUCACUUCUACUGCUGCGGCUGCCUUCGGAAUCCAUGUCGUCGGCUGUUCGUGCGUAUGGGAGAGCUUCACGCCACCGACUGGAAAAGAGUUUGAUCCAGCGAGACGUGUCCGUGACGAGGGCUCAGAUGGACAAGCGUAAAUGAACGGAGCGAUGGUGUACUGCAGCCACUGGGAGAUGACGAACAGCAGCACGCACGCGUGCAGAAUAUGGAGACCAGCACGGCAGCAUUUGCGGGCGCUGGGCUUAGGAUGUGUAGUGCCUAGAGAGAAGUGGGACGUGUGAUGGGAAAGGCUGGGGCCUACCCCGCUGAAGCACUGCAUGACAUUCCAUUUCCAUGUGCCACACAUGCUAGAGACGAAAUGGUUAGGAAACGAUGAGUAGAAGGAAGAUGAGGAGGACGCCAAAAGGAGGAGGACAUGGAGGAACUGCAAGAGCAGGAGCCGGAAGAACGGGAGGAACAGGAGGACCAUGACAAGGCGAGGCAGGGGGAAGGGAG